CUGUUCCAAUUACUAUCCAUAUAAUAAGAUAAUAUCUCCUUCCACAACAUUCAACAAGAGCUAGCUCCGCAAGAUAAAGAAAGGUCUUAGAAUACUUGCAAACACACAAACACAAAACACCCUUUUUCCAAGAACAAGAGCAAGAGCCUCAACCUCAGAGCUGUGAUAACUUGUUCCAAUGAGCAUGUUAGGCCUGAGAGACCUAGUUCUCAUAGCUCAAACCCCUUCUUCCCUUCACCACCAACACCAAGGCCAACCCAUUUCAGAAAACCAGACUCACACUCACACUCCAAACCUUCCUUUGCCUUCUUCAGCAGCUUCUCUCAGUGUUGGCUUUGGAAUUUUCCCUCUCCUCACUGCCACACCAUGUGUGCCACAGCCUCAUCAAAACAAUGAGGUUCAAGAGUGUGGUGGUGGUGGUGCCAAUAGUAACACUACCACCACCAAUUAUUGGAACCUCAAGAUGUGCCAAGAAGUGAAUAAUCCUCCAAAGAAGGGUGUGAUCAACGUGGCUGAUCAUGAUGAUGAGAAGGGUGUGAUGGAGAGUGAGGAAAACGGGGUCUAUGGGCCUGACUUUAGGGUGUGCCAAGAUUGUGGCAACAGGGCUAAGAAAGAUUGCGUCUUUAGAAGAUGCAGGACUUGCUGCAAGGGACGUGGGUAUGAUUGUAACACUCACGUGAAGAGCACGUGGAUCCCCUCCGUUCGCCGCCGCGAGCGCGAGAUCACGGUGGCUUCCGGUGGCGGUGUUGGCGGCAAUGGUGGUUGUAAGAGGCCAAGAGCUGUGGUGGGGUCAUCUCAAAAUGCCACUUCUCAUAGUUCCAACUCUAAUGCUACAACUCCUAAGAGCUUAGCUACUAGCUCUUUUCAUCAAGAUGCUAGCUUCAAGCAGUCUUUACCGGGUCAUGUUCGUGCACCAGCAGUGUUCAAGUGCCAUAGAGUCUCUGCCAUUGGGAAUGGUGAAGAUGAGUUUGCAUACUUGGCAACGGUCCAGAUUAGUGGGCAUGUGUUCAAAGGGUUUCUCUAUGACCAUGGUGUUGAUGGGAAAACCGCAAAUGUAGUCCCUUGUGUCUCGGAACUGCAGCUGGGAAACAAUUGCAGUGGGAAGAACAGAGAAUGUUCCUCUGCAAUUGCAAUUGGGGUUGCAAAUAACAAUGCAUACCCUGCUUCUGCGAGUUGAAGAUUGCUUUAGAGAUGGAAAGAUUUCACCACAGAGAACAAAUUGUUUUAGAAUCCCAUGUUGCACCUCAAAUUAUUGAAAGAGGUAGAGGGCUAUGUACCCACAAGGCCACGACGAGGACUGGCCAAAUGGUGAGUGAAUUUUAAAACAAAAUUUGAGAGAUUUGUUUUUUUUUUUACUUUAGGUUAGAUCUUUUUGUCAAUAUAAAAGAAAUUUGAGAGACUUUUUUAUUUUGUAAUAAUCAAUAAAAUAUUUUUUUAUUAAUCGACUUAAAGCUUGAACUUUAGUAUUGUUAUCUCUGAGUUGGUCAUGCCCACAACACAAUUUGCUUAAAUUUAGCAACAGAGUUUGCCUUGCCAAUACGUUUUUCCAAAUUUUUCAACAUUUGUUACAAGAGUGAAAUAUGUUGGAAAAAAAGAGUGAAAAACCAAAGAUCAUGCAUGAUUGUUUGUUAAGCAAUGAAAAAAAGUUGGUGGGGGAAGUGAGUAGGGCAAACACAACAGCGGUAUGUUGAUAAUCGAUCUAGUUUGUUUUUUUUAUUGAUUUUAUUUUCUGAAUUGGUUUGUUCCUCUGCUUUAGAACAUAACUUUGUGACAUUUACUUAGACUAACAGUCUAAAUCUUCU